ACAUUGAAACUGCUUAGACAUUAUUCCCUGUGAAACUUACUAAGAAUAAAAUUUAGCUUACUGCCUUUUCCAUCUUUCUGAGCAGCAAACGGUGGAUGAUUCCCGCACUUUACAUCACUGUUUUCAUGAAUUCAUUAAAUUAAAGCAAAUGUAAAUUAUAGUCCUCCAGGGGUCCUUAGCAGUGAUUUGAGAGAAGGCAAUUGGCCCGUCUCUUUAAAGUUGCGCCGCGCUGAUCUUCCGAUGACACGGAACGGGCAGCUGGUUGUGAGGAAGACCCUUGAUUGGUGCAUUUAUGGAAGAUAAAGAGCACCUUCAGAGGUUCCAGUGUCAUCUGUUGAGCACUCUCUGUGAUCCUGCACAGCUCCUUGCUUCGAACCCCAGGCCUGCAAGGCAGUGACUGCGAGGAGUGAAGGGGCAAUCCAGGGGAAGAUGGACGAGUUCAAACGCACCUACCUGCGCUUCUGCAAGGAGGUGGGUGUGGAGCCACAGGAGUCGGUGCUGACUCAGCUCCAGGAGAUGCGUGGCACCGCGGGCGGCUCUCGACUGGAUCUGGCUGGGCACAGCCUCUCCGUGGACACAUGUGCGGUGCUUGGCAGGGUCCUACAGAAGGACACGCUUUUCACGGAGGUGGUCCUCAGUGACUGCAUGCUCAGUGAGGAAGGUACCAAACUUCUGCUUAGCGGCCUCUGUUCCAACGCAACCAUUAAAAUUCUUGACCUUAAAGGCAACAACAUUAGAGGAACUGGAGCCGAAGCAGUGGGGAAGAUGUUAGUGCAUAACAAGACUUUGCGCCGACUGACCCUAGAGUGGAAUGCCCUGGGCGUGUGGGAUGAGGCUUUCUCCAUUUUCUGCGAGGGUCUGGCCUCCAACAGCUGCCUCGCCCAGCUGGACCUGCGCAACAACCAGAUCAACCAUCAGGGGGCGACGGAGCUUGCACUGGCUUUGAAGAGGAACAGCGCCCUGCAAGAGCUCGAUUUGAGGUGGAACAACAUAGGACUGCUGGGAGGCCGUGCAAUUUUGGAGGCACUGCAGAAGAACCAUGCCCUGGUGCAGCUGGAGAUGACCGGGAAUAACAUCCCCAGUGACACGCUCAAAGCCCUUGAGCAGGCCGUGGAGCACAACAUGGACCGGCAGUCCACCCUGAGGGAGAGCCGCAGCCGAAGCCAGGUGCUCAGCAAGGAGAUCCAGAACCUGAAGGAGGAGAAGGGCCGCCAGGUGGGCAGUGCCGAUCACGCAGCGGCGCUGUGUUUGUGCAGGACAUCCUCUGUACGCGUUGGGCAGCUUCAGGAAGCUCUGAACGAGAGGAAAUCGGCAGUGAAUUCUCUCACAGCCAAGCUGCAGAUGACGGAGGCUGCCCUGGCGCUCUCCGAGCAGAAGGUGCACUCCCUGGGCAAGCUCCUGAGCCAGGCCAACGCGGAAAAAGCAGAGCUCCUGGACCGCCAGGCCCGCGAAAUAGCGAAAGAACAGGAGGAGAGCGUGAUGAGGGAAGGCAAACUGCUGAGGGAGGUGAAUAGUUUGACUGAACAGAACCUACAAUUGAAGAAUAAGGUUGAAGAUGCAGAGCGGAGGUGCAAGGCUCAGCAGGAUCAGAUCUUUGAGCUGAAGAAAGAGCUGACCAACACGACAGCAGAGCUCAAACUGCGCUUGUCACAGGCGGAAGAGCGUUUGGACAUGGAGAAAAAGCGAUCCAAACAGGCUCUGGAUGACAUGGACAAUCUGCGUCAGAAGGAGGUGGACCAUGUAAAUCGUCACCUGGAGGAGACGGAGCGAACGCUGCAGGAGCGCAUUCUCAAGCUGGAGGGGCUUCGUAUUCAGCUGGAGGAUGAGCUGAGCCGGGUGAAGGCUGCUGGUGUGGCAGAGAGAGCGCAGGCUGAGGAGGAGCUGGGAAAGGUGCGCGCCCAGGUGCGCCUGGAGGAGCAGCACCGCAUGAGCAGCCUGGAGGAGAAACUGCGGGCAGCCAGGCAGUCGCGGGACGAGUCCCAGGCUCAUUGCUGCCAGCAGAAGCAGACCAUCUCUGAGCUACAGGCUAAGAACAGCCAGCAGAGCCUGGAGAUGGAUGGACUACGGCGCAGGAUUGAGGAGCUGCAGCAGGAGGUGAUCGGGAAGGAGCAGGAAAAGGUGGCCGAGGUGAGCCGUGUGCGAGUGGAGCUCCAGGAGCAGAUUGGCCAUCUUCAGGCAGAGAAGACAGCCCAGGGGAGCUUGAAGGAAAAGAUUGCUGCUCUGGAGAGAGAGAUGAAAGCGUUAAGCAGUAACCACCGGGAGGCCAUGCUGGACAAGGAGAGUGAGGUUGCCUCCCUGCUGGAGAGGCUGCGCCUUCGCGAGUCUGAGAUGCAGCGGAUGCGCGAGGACGAGGCGCAGAGGGCCAGCUUUCUGCAGAAUGCCAUCCUCACGUACGUUCAGGGCUCCCCCAUCGGCCACUACAGCCCCAAGAAGUGACGCAGACACAGGGAACUUCUCGCAAGUUGGAGAGCGGGCUCCCAGUUCACCAUCGCCGGAGUCCACACGCCAGCAAGAGACGCCGACACACCGAGAAGCACACGCCAGCGCAGCACUUCUCCAUAAAUGAAAUGCAGUCUUAAUGCUGUUGUGUUUUCAUGCAGAAAAAAAAACUAUUCAGCAAACAGUUUUUUCUGAAGGUGCUAAAUGUUACUGUGGUGAAACGUAAAAAUGUGUUUGUAAAUGUCGACCGGUAUCUGAAUCUUGAAUAAAGUGUACAGAUGCUGUACAACUCAUGACUGUGUUGGAAGCAGGAGCAUUGAGAGCUGUUGGUUAAAGAGUUCAAAGUGUGAUUUCCCUAUUUUAGUCUUUACUCUUCAGUGGACAAAAAACCAUUCUGGGAAGGCUUUUGUAAUGUAUUUUUAUACAUAUAUAUUUGUGAAGUGGUACUUAAUAUGAAUUCAUGUGACAUUUUUCAGCCAAAGUCGUGUUAAACACGUAUUUUUGUUUCAUACCAGCAAGAUGUGCUCUUUUGUACUCUCAUCACGUUUUGAAAGAAUAAAUUUUG